AUGACGAUGUGGCAAUUCCACAUCACACCGCCCACAAGCACGAACAACAGCCAUGCCAACCAACCGACCAUCAUCAUUCAUGCAACCGACAACGGAAACAGAUCACAACGAGCCGAGGUGCUACGUCUCCGUCGGCGAUCUGGCAGCCAAACGACAAGCUCAUUUGUUGCCGUCGACCUCAUUGAUCUCAUGGAGGAGGGCUGCGUCAAGAAUGAUUGGUAUUUGCAUAUCGUUUUUGUGAAUCUUUUGGCCACGCUCCGCGCUUUCAUCCCUCACUCCUAUAAAGCUCAUCGCACCAUUCCGUCUGAUUUCCUAUACCUCGGCAAACUCUCCGCGGCGGCGAUGUUGGUGUAUGACUAUUUCUUGACAUUGAGAAUGGAGGUGGAUUUGGUAUGGUUGUCAGCGUGGGGCCCCAUGAAGGUCUUGUUCAUUGUUCAGCGAUACCUUCCCUUUAUAGAUGCAGCUACCUUCACCCUUGUCCACCAGUCAUCGACGACGAUUAACCCGUCGGUCUGCAAUAAAAUUGAGAAAGCUCAGGGUGUACUCAGCGUCACUGGUUUUAUUCUAUCCGAAAUCAUUCUAACACUACGCGUAUGGGCAGUGUGGAAACGAAGCAAGUUUUUAGGAAUCGCGCUAUCAAUACUUCUCCUUGCCACUGCGGCUGCAUGCUACGUUUUCACUGGCCUUUUUCAACAUGGCCUAAAAUUGAGCAAUAGACCAUAUCCCGAAUUUCCGGGGUGUUUUAUUACGGGCACAAAUCGGUUGGUAUAUGUGAACUGGCUCGCUUUGAUGGUAUAUGACUCAGUUCUCCUCGUCGUGAUGAUCAUCCCCGGAAUUACGGCCUACCGAGAGCAAGGGAAUGAAGGCCUUCAUGCGGUUGUCUAUCGCGAUGUUUUAUCCGUUACCAACGUAAUCGUAAUAAACGCGCUGCCGGCAAAAUAUCUUUAUAUCCUUAUGUCAUUUCCUUGA